AUGCGACGGCCACGACGAUGGAGGUUGUAUCCUGUACGGAGCGCUGUUGCGUUUAUUAUUUGCCUUUGUUUUAUUUACCUGUUCGUGAGUAUUGAAAGUAUCGGAGCCCUUCAAGGACAGGCAUCUUUCUUGAAAGUAGUGGUGCGUAGCAGUGCCAUUUCGGGAGCGAACCUUUCACUGAGAGUGACGAAUGAAACAUCUGCUUUGGCUUCCUCCGGUAUUUUCUCUGCGGUUGGUAGUUCUCGUCUUUCUCUUCUAUAUAACGCAGAUGCCAUGAUUGAUCUUGCUGCACAGCGAGAGUUUAAUCAAACACUAUGUCCGACAGAGCCGAGGGAGAAGGAGCAUCCCAAAUUUGUGGAGUUUCUUGAGUUCUUUACCAGAGUCUUUAAGGAGAAGUACAACAAUAUACCAUGGUGGCUAGAUGAAGGCAGUCUUAUUGGUGUAGGACGAGCCGGCGCCAUUGUGAACGCAGACGAUGACUUUGAUUUUUUUGUUCUUUUACCAAACGCCACAUCACCCUGUAGGCCGGGAUCAUUGGAAUGCACACGGGAAGAAUUCAAUUUGCUUAUACACCAAUUUCUUUUGCCUCUCUGGGAGGCAGGGGCCUGCAUUCGCCGGUUUAAUCCUGAUAUUAGUAAGUUUGACUCUGAGCGUCGUUUAAUGUACUCGUUUCAGAUUCGCAAGCCAAAUGAAUUGCGGGACCCAAUGCAUUGUUUUAAUCCCAGAGCACCUUUUGCACACAUGCACUUUGGAAUGCUGAAUGCGGAUGGGGAACUUGAAACGAAUAAGUGGGUGGGCCCUAAUUCCCACCCGAAGGAUAAAUUGCCGUUGGACCUGAUGCUACCUGUGCGUCGCUGUCGUCUGGGCCCAAGUGACGCCCCAUGUCCGUUUGACAUUGUGGGCUACCUGACGUUGCGUAAUAGAGGUGAGUACGUGCGUCGCUCCAGGGAGGGUAGUUGUCUACUGGUGAAGAAGAAGUGGAGCAAGGCUCGGAGAGUUAAUCAGGUCAAAAAGGUUCAACUUCUUCAUGACUGCGGGUAUAAUAGCAUGAUUCGUUUGGUGAAGCGAUUCGUCGAUUCGGAUUAUGAUACAUGUUGA